GGAAAAGUCACUUCCGAGCUGUGUGCUGCGACUAGCAGGAGGCGUGCCUCAAAAUGUGCAUGUCUCCAGGUACAUAAACCGGGUAGCCAACCUACCCUCAUCAUUCGUUUCUGAGAAGCAACGACAACUGACAAUGCCUGAACCAGCAAAGCCCGCGCCCAAAAAGGGCUCCAAGAAAGCCGUUUCUAAGACCGCCGUAAAGGGCGGGAAGAAGCGCAGAAAGUCUAGGAAGGAGAGCUACGCCAUCUACGUGUACAAGGUACUGAAACAGGUUCACCCCGACACCGGCAUCUCCUCCAAGGCUAUGGGAAUCAUGAAUUCCUUCGUCAACGAUAUUUUCGAGCGUAUCGCUGGAGAGUCGUCUCGCCUGGCUCACUACAACAAGCGAUCAACCAUCACCUCCAGGGAGAUCCAGACCGCCGUCCGCCUGCUACUCCCCGGUGAGCUGGCCAAGCACGCCGUGUCCGAGGGAACCAAGGCCGUGACUAAGUACACCAGCUCCAAGUAAACGGCCUCCUUCAAAUUUACCCCAAAGGCUCUUUUAAGAGCCACCCACUGGUCUCUAAAAUUGAGUAAAGUCCAUCACAUUUGCUUGAUUGUCUUCCUGUAUUAUAUAUGAACCAAGUACAAACCUCCGUGAACAAGGACAGGUUAUUCUACUCAUCUAUACAGACGAAAGUUUAUAUUCUUUCCUGACACCACCUCAUUAAACGCCAUUGAAUUGCUCA